GAGCGGGGCGGCCGCCAUUGCAUCACGGCGCGCCCCGCGCCCGGCCGCGCCUCCAUCUCGGCGCCCGGCACCGGCGGGGGCCCCGCGGCCGCGGGAGGGGAACCGCGCUCCGCCGCUGCCCUCGGAGCCGCCAGCGCGCGUCCGCUCGGCCCGCGCCCCCGGAGCCGGCGGCGGGAGAGGCCGCAGCGGCGCUGACGGCCCGGUGGCACAAAAUGGAGCCGGCCUGAGCGCGGCCCCGGCAGCGUGCCCCCCCACCCCCACCCCCACCCCGCGGGCUCCCCCUGCCGGCCGGGCGGCCCCUCCCCCCCGCCCCCCCAGGCGCCCUCUGCCGGCCGGGCGGCCCCGCGCCUGCGCGCCACGGGCUCGGCGCGGCGGCGGCGGCGGCGGCGGCGGGCGCGGAGCGGCGGCGGGGCCGGGGCCGGGCAUGGGCGGCGCGGGGCCGGCGCGGCGCUGAGCGGGGCCGGCGCGGCAGCAUGGAGGCCAUCUGGCUCUACCAGUUCCGCCUCAUCGUCAUCGGGGACUCCACCGUGGGCAAGUCGUGCCUCAUCCGCCGCUUCACCGAGGGGCGCUUCGCCCAGAUCUCCGACCCCACCGUGGGCGUGGACUUCUUCUCCCGCCUGGUGGAGAUCGAGCCGGGCAAGCGGAUCAAGCUGCAGAUCUGGGACACGGCCGGCCAGGAGCGGUUCCGGUCCAUCACCAGAGCCUACUACAGGAACUCGGUUGGCGGACUCCUCCUCUUUGACAUUACAAACCGCAGGUCCUUCCAGAACGUCCACGAGUGGCUAGAAGAGACAAAGGUGCAUGUCCAGCCGUACCAGAUUGUCUUUGUUUUGGUAGGUCACAAGUGCGACCUUGACACACAGCGGCAAGUCACCAGGCACGAGGCUGAGAAACUGGCCGCUGCAUAUGGUAUGAAGUACAUUGAGACCUCAGCUCGGGAUGCCAUUAAUGUGGAGAAGGCCUUCACUGAUCUGACUCGAGAUAUAUACGAGCUUGUUAAAAGGGGGGACAUUUCAAUCCAGGAGGGAUGGGAAGGGGUAAAGAGUGGGUUUGUCCCAAAUGUAGUGCACUCUUCAGAAGAAGUGGUGAAAUCAGAUAGGCGAUGCUUGUGCUGAUCUCUUCUAGUGAGGAAAAGUGGUGAUGAACUCUACUAACCACCUGUAUUCUAUUAAGUGAACUCAGUGUGACAGACGGGAGUAACCCUCCCCUUGUGAACAGCCUCCCACAUUGUUUUGGACACCAAGAGAACAGACCCAGGAAAGACAUGUUCUGUUCCACAUAACCUUUCAGAAUUGGGAGCAACAAACCUAACUGAGAAUGAGUGAGGGUGCAUGUGUAUGUUGCAAGGAGACAGGAAGCAGAAAGGAGUGGGAGCAAGAGAGAGUGCGUACACAAGCAGAUCUGAAUGAGGUGGCACAUGCCAGGGAACUGCAUGAUGUCCUCUUUUAAGUAAAGCUAUAGCUCCAUGCUGUCUGUUGAGGCCACAGUAUGGAUAGUUUAGUAGUAUCACACACUGGCAGAAAGAGAAAGAAAGAACAUCUUGGUUUGUGGCAGCUGUUUAUUACCAAGAAGAUAUAACAGCAGCAGAAAUAUUUUCUCAUAAGGCCAAUGCUACAGGAAAAGAGUUUACUGAAAGGGUAUACACACUUCUGAAGUUUCUUUUUUAUGUUCUUGAAACUAGUUCAAUAUAUUAAAGACUAUUAUGAAGGAUUUAAAGAGGAAAAUAAUAGCUAGUUAAUUGGUAAUUAAAAUUUAAAUGAUACCCCUCCCCACCCCCCCCAUAGUGUUUUCCUUGCUGUGCUGAACUGGGAUUCUAAGUGGCGACUGCUGCUCCAGUUGUAAUUAUUCAAUCAAUAUUUAAGUAUUAACUGCCUAGAUGAUUAAUCUGAAAAUAUCCACAGUUCAGGGCUAGCCAGUAGAGUUAAGCGAUCAGGAGCAUGAAGCCAGAAACACGUCCUCAUAUUCUGCAUCUUAAGGCUAGGGUGUUGCAGCCGGGUGGGACACACCGGAAGUUCUGUCGUGCCAUCUAUGUGUCGCUGACCUCUCAGGUGUCUUACCAGCCAAGGCCACAAGGAGAAAUGGAAAGGAGGAGGAGAAAAAAAAAAAAAAAAAAAAGCAUGUAAAGCUUAACUCAGGUGCAUCAGUCAUCCUCAAAGGUGAGAUUUGCUUUUAAAGAUGUUAAAUAGCAUGGAAAGCAGCAGCUUCCAUCAGUACUUUCUGCUGUUAAAGUGUCAUUUUCUUUCUUGGCAUCGGUGGAAGAAGAGCACUAGAACUGGGAAGGAGCAGCACAGAACAGAAGUGUCUGAGCGGGUGAGAAGGAAAGCCACAAGAGACACAGUAAGAGGAAAAUUUCUUUUCCUCCCUGUUUUAAUUUGACAGAGGAAGAUCCAUCUCAGGUUGGUCAUCAUGGGUUGGUGGCUGAGUUACAAAGGCUAUGCAUAGGUGGCCAUUUUAUGGGAACGCCAUUCACCACUUGAGCUUUGCUUCUGCUAAGUUUCAGCUUAAGCUUUUGAAGUGCAGCAGGGUAACCAUGCCCCUGUAGCAAACCUGGGAGAUUUAACCUACUGAACAAACAAACAGGACUACUAUAGUGACAUUUAUUCAAGCUUGCAAGCUUUCACACCAAACUACCUGGGGGUGGGGGGAGGGAUUAGGUGAAACCCCAAGAAGCAUGUGGUGUUCAAUUUCAGGCCUCUAAGUAGGUAAUAGUACAAUACUUGCUUCUUUAAGCUAAACCGUCUAUGAAAGUGUGAGUUUUCCUAGUUGCUAUUGAGCUGUUUCUCUGGACCUUUUCCCAUGGUUUGCAGCACUUGAGUGAGUCUUUUUGGACAAUAUCUGUGGUUUCCAUAUUAGAGCUGUUCAAACAAACAAGUGAAAAAAAAUAACGGUUUUGUUUUCUGCGUUCUGGAAACAAUUUCAGUUCCUGGACUCUAUGGGCAAGCAGCAGAGUUGUACCUGCUGGGAGGGCACUGGUAGCAAAGUAGAGCCAGGGAGGAGUGGCAACAGUCUCGCACAUUUUGGGAAGCUUGUCACUGCCAAGGACCCCUGGUCAAGUCUGAAACUGGCUAUAAAUACAUUGAAAAACCUUAUGCUAAGGCACAUUAAAUUGCAGGCAGAAUCAGUGAUGGUUGGGUUGUGCGUCCUAAAGAUGCAAAAAAAAAAAAAACAAAAAAAAACAAAAAAAACUCUUUACAAAAAAUCUCUUUCUAGGUAAGCAAAGCUGGAGAAGACUGAUGCAGAGAGAGCCACGAGAGCUUGGCUACCGUGGGCGCUCUACUUGCAGCUUCUGCUGACACCAAUGGAGAGCACAAGGUCUCUUCAAAUCAGGACCAUUAGUCAUGUUUUGACUAAUGCAAGGACAAACGGAUAGAAGAGAGUCAGUUCCUUUACUCUUUGAAUGAUAAGUAGGCCAAACAACCACUUCAGCCUCUCAGGGUACAACUCUGCUCAAGAGGUGUGUCUUGGAUCACCUAGCUGAAGGCCAAGCUGGCCUAAAAGCUGAGCUUGAGUGAUACAUUAAAGACAGCAAAACUUUUGGAUCUAGCAGAGUUUUAGCAAUAUCAACAUUUUUUUAAGCCGCCAUGCAGGAACCUGGCCAGUGGGGGGGAGGGGGAAGACCACCUUUCACUCUGUAUGCUAUAAAGACAACCAGUACUUCAUUUAAUGAGUUUGGGACAUUCCCCCUUUCCUGCUUCCAGAGAGAAGUUCCAGAAAGCCUAAAAAAGUAAGUGCAUUCAGGCCUUAAGAGUAAAUCUUGAAUUUAUAAUACAAGUAUCAUAAUUCUAAAAUGGAACAGUACAGAAGAAAAUGUAUGCAGUCUUAACUACUUAGAUGUAAUAAAUGGUUAUAUUAAAUGAUAGAGAAAUCAUUAUAUACAUCUUUUUCUAAUUCCUUGCAUUUUCUAGACAGCUUAUUAAAAAUAUAGGAAAUGUAGAUUCAUCUGUACAAAAUUUGGGAUGUUUUUUCUAAGAUGAAGAACUUACAGGCUAUGCUAAGAAUUCUUUUCUAACAACUGGUUUUAAUGCUUUGACUUCUAGCGCAAGAGGGAUUUAGGGAAGUCAGAAGGUGACACCUUUCACAGGAUAAAGGUCAGAAGCUCUUUUACUCUAGGACAAAAAAAAAAGCUAACUUUGUGGUCGUUACCACACAUUAAAAACAGUCUGCAUGUUAGAUGACUGAAAUUGCUCAGAACCUCCAGAAUAAAAGUAUACUAUAAACCUUUCCUUGCUUUCUGUUAUGCACUGUAACGAAAUGUGAAAAUAAUGCUGUAUUUAGCUGUAUGUGAUUGAAAAUAUGCUUGUAUUUAGCAAAAUGGUUACUAUGUGAUAAUGUGAAAUUCAAAACUUGUAAAGAAACUGGUGUUUUUUUCCCCCCCCUUCCCCAUUCUUUAUCAGUAGCCCUCUAGUACCUGUACUACAGCAACCUUAACUGAAAAUCUGAUAUGGACUAGCUCAACAAUAAACAGCAGACACUCUUUGCAACAGUA